AAGUCAAAGAGCUGGGCAGUGCAAGACCUGAGCCGAGGACUGGUCAGCACGCCAGCACUGCAGCAGCAGAGAGGCACAGGUGUGCAAGCUAGUCGGGGAGUAAGUCAGUGCAGUGCACUAGUGGUGGCUGUCCCUUUUUUGCACAUGUACUCGUGUUUUCUUUUGUUGCUUGGAGCCCACGAGCAUAGCACCCCAACUGCCAAGUAACAAUUUUGUGGCACAGCUGAGGCUCGAGUCGUUGACAUUUUUUCUCUACUCAGUGCAGUGCAUUCAGCUCAGUGCAGUUACUUGUUUGACGAGGUUGUUUAUUUGUUGGCCACUCCGAACAAAGCAGUCCUUGAAUUUGUGGAUUGCGGAGAGAAGGCAGCAUUUCCAGUGCGUCUACUCUGUUGAUGAAGUAGUACCUUGCCUGCAAACUGAGGUUACCACCUUAGCUAAUACGGUGGAACGGGACGAUUGAGCGAAGUCCAGGCGGCGGGAAAGUAUGGUGACGGAUGAGGAAGAGGCACUCUUGGCAUCGGAUGCGCCCGAAAUCGGGGGAUGCGGUGGUUCGGCUCUGUGCCAUCCAGGCAAGAGAGGCCAUCGCUUAUUGCUCCUGGGUGUAAUGUGCUUGUUGGGGUUCGGCAAUUAUUACUGUUAUGACCAGCCAGCCGCAUUGGAAUCAGAGAUCAUAGAUGUCUCGGGCGUAACUACAGCCCAGUUUGAGCUUCUCUAUGCUCUCUACUCGUACCCCAAUGUCAUCCUCAGCGUGUUUGGCGGUUUCCUAAUCGACAGAGUAACUGGACUAAGAUGGGGAGCUGUCCUGUUUGCCAGCAUCAUCACUGUUGGUCAUGCCAUCUUUGCCUUCGGUGCUCAGAUCAACUCGUUCCUCACCAUGGAGAUUGGACGUUUUGUGUUUGGUCUUGGUGGAGAGAACCUUGCAGUUGUGCAGAAUGCGUAUGCUGUGAGCUGGUUCAAGGACAAGGAGCUGAACAUGGCAUUUGGCUUGCAGCUCAGUAUCGCCCGUCUGGGCAGUACAGUGAACAUGCUGAGCAGUGAGAGGGCCUACUUUGCUGGCUUGAAGAUGGGCUUCACCCGGCCCCAAAGUAUUGGCUUUUCCCUCUGGAUUGGUGCUGCAUUCUGUGCAAUGUCCUUGGGUGCUGCAUUUCUUCUGUGGCAUUAUGACAAGCGGCGGACACGCUUGCUCAAGCUACCUGAACAUGGAAGUGGUGAGCAAGUCCGUGUGAGGGACGUGAAGGACUUCCCGCUCUCGCUCUGGCUGAUCUUCUUCAUCUGCGUUGCGUACUACGUUUCAAUCUUCCCGUUCAUCAGCCUUGGAACUGUCUUCUUCCAAGACAAGUAUGACAUCUCCUCCGGGGAAGCUCAUCUCGUUGACAGCUUGGUUUAUCUCAUUUCUCUCGGCGGCGCGUUCGUCUUUGGUAUUGUUGUCGACAAAGUCGGUCGCAACUUGUUGUUCGUGAAUAUUGCGAUUGUCUUCACCAUCGUCUCCCAUGGCCUGCUGGCCUUCACGUUUGUGACACCAUACGCUGGACAGAUCCUUAUGGGCACUGCAUACUCACUACUGGCCUGUGCCCUCUGGCCCAUGGUUGCUAUGGUGAUGAAGGAGCACCAGCUUGGUACUGCUUAUGGCAUUAUGCAAGCCAUCCAGAACCUGGGCCUUGCCGUUGUCGCCUAUGCUGCUGGAGUGCUGGUCGACAAGAGUGGAUACCUCCUGCUCGAGUGCUUCUUCUUGGCCUGGUUGUGCUUGGCCCUGUUCUGUGGAAUGGUCUUGUAUGUUGUUGACUCUGCACGAGGCGGAAACCUGAACUUGUCUGUUGCUGAGCGUGAUGCCAGGAAACUGGCGGCGGAGCAGAAAGCGACCAUUUCGAUCGACGGCAUUGCUCCCGUCCUCUCCGACCAGAAGCUCUCGCGACCGGUGGACCUGAUGUCGAGCCAGGACAGCAACUCCAGCUCCGUCAGCGGCUCCACUGAUGACGUGCGCAACCGCCUGCUCAAUCGGGUAGGCCUUCAGGCGGAUGCACCUGUCCACGGUUAGGAAGCGUAGCACUGGCUGAACUCAGCACUGACAGUGCGGAGUUGGAAGUACAAAACACUUUAAGUAACGGCCGAUUUCUUUUCUAUCUUGAAUCUUUUUUUGUCGACUUGCUAUCUCUACAUGACCGUCUCUAUGGCAAUUGAUUGCGAAUCUCUCCUGUUGCAAAUAUUUUGAGAAUUUUACUGCUAUUGUGCAUUGUUUUCUUUUCUUUUUUAAGCCUGUUUACGAAUUUAUCGUAUUGCAAUCAAUGCAACAAUGUUUCCGAUUUGUACCCGUGUUGCGCGUGCAUGUCAUGUAUUCCGUCGCCCAUUUUUCCAAUUUUUCCUUGCAAAUGCGUGUGAAGUCUGUGACCUAUGGCAAAUUUACCAGGCAUUCUCUUGUAUUGCACAUUCUAGAUCAAAUUUUGAAUAAAAUUCCCCAGGAUUUUCA